CCAAAACUCAUGCCGGGGUUAAACAAGCAAGGCCCGAUUGGCAGCCUUAUUCCCAAGGAGUGAUUUGGCCUAUUAUCGUUCCACUUCCAGUUCCUUGGCUGUUCUAUCAUUUAUGAUCCCAUUGACAUAUAAAGAAGUUUGGGUGGAAUCUGAUUCGUCUACCUCCAAAUAUUAACAAAUGGUUUAUCACUCAAGUCUCGUGGAUGAGGAAGGAGUUACUAAAGCUUGUGGAUGCCCUUUACUUCCUUUGAAAAGCCAUAUAAAGGGUCCUGCCCCAGCUUCUGAUAAAGAUAAAACUGAUAUUGUUGAUGAAGCUAUCACAUUCUUUCGGGCAAAUGUUUUCUUUAGAAACUUUGAUAUUAAGAGCUCAGCUGAUAAGCUUCUUAUAUAUUUGACAUUCUACAUAAAUAUGGCUUUGAAGAGGCUUGAGGGCUGCAGAACCUUGGCUGAGGGAACCAAAGCCAUAAUUAACUUGGGCUUAGAAAAUGUUCUUGUGCCUGGCGAGCCUAAUUUUCCUUUUCCAGGUCUUUUUCCUCUUCCCCAAUCAAAACAGGAAGCAGGUAAAGUUUAUUCUUGUCUAUUUACGCAUUUAGUAUUACUUAUAUGUCAUAGAGUUUAUUCAAUUGCUGAAGAAUUUGUACAGCUUUUUUCCAAGUUACAUUAUUUGGUCAUACUUAAUUAAUUAGUCAUCUCAUUUGCUUUACAUCAUGUUUAUAUUGUUGCCUUUUAAUUUUCUGCUUAAGAUUGUUUAAGCUAUAGCUAUUAUACUAAAUUUCUUUAAUUUUUUAAAAAUAAUCCAUUCUAUAUUUCAUCCUAUAGUUUCCUUGUAAAUAUGUUUGUUUCAAUUGUGGUUAGCUCAAUUCUAAGUUUAUAAUAUCUGUCUGUUUACUCAAAUUGUUGUCAUCCAUGUAGUGGCUUAAGCAGCCCCUAUGUUUUAUCAGCUUGUUUCUGUAUUGAAGAGUACAUCUAAAAGAAGGAUAAUCAUGAGCAGAAUUAAACGAGUUUACCUUCUUGUGUCUUCAGUUUAUUUCAUUGUUUCAAUUUUUCUAGAAGAUACCUUGCUGAAACUGUAAUGCAUGCCUUAUGGUUAUGAUCAAUAUCCAAUUAUAUGUAUGGUCA